ACUUGGAUUUGUUGCUGUGUUAAUACAUAGAAACGUCGACAGUAUGGCAGCUGACGAGUCCCUGUUCAUGAGAACAGUGUUGCCGCUUAAUACCUUGCUUAAAUCCCACGAUUCUAGUUUAGCUUUGCCAUCCGAGGAUAAAUUAACUCAGUCAGAAUUCCAAGUGAAACAUCGGCGCAACCGAGUCGAAGAGCAAGUGCAGCUCACCCUGUCCCGGAAAGGAAAGCGUUCAACGCUGAGAGGUAGUCUGUCUAGCAGCCAACUACCAACCACCACACCUGUAAGAUAUGCUUCUACAAAGCCCUUCUCAACGUAUGACUACUAUGUCUCAUCAGUACCCAGUAGACCAGUGGAGAGGGUGGAUGUCUCUCAUAGGCUGGAGUUCCCUCAGGCGAAUGGGGGCUAUGGGACAUUCAGCUAUGGAUUACACAGAAAGGGCCUUUGCUGGGGCCCCACAGCCCGAACUCUUCCCAUGAUGCGGUCCGUGUCUUCAACCAACCGGCUCAACAUGGCCUUGCCACAUCUGCACUCUGCUUACACGGAGUCGUUCACAAAGCCGUCCGCGUCAGACCGAUGCACAACGCUCCAGCUUCCCGGCAGGACCAUUUACAGGGAAGACUCUUUAGACGACGUCUUCCUACCUGACAACUCGUACGCUCCCCCUCUCGGAGCAGGACAUCAAAAGCUGGUUUUGGAAAAACAGAAGUUGCUGAGAUCCCUCAGUCACCCACCAGAGGAGGUGCUCGAUUCACUGAACUUGUCCUGGCUGGUUCUUAACAGGACAGAGAAGCAGGGAAUGGCAAGCAGACAGCCUUCCCAGCCAGCCUCGCUGGGCAGCGCGGAUGGGAGCGUAAACACAGCAGCAGCGGCCAGAGAACAUGACGUCACGCAGGGAUCCAUGGUUCACUUCCUACAAAGCAGAAAUCGGGGUACAGAGAUGACUCUGAAGAAGGCUGUAAAUCUCCUUUCUCAUGAGAACACAGAAAUGCAAAUCACUGCUGUUGACUACAUCCAAACACAAUGCUUCAGCAGUGCAGAGGCUAAGAAAAUGUUGUUCCGCCUGCGCGGCAUCCCCAACCUGCUGCGGCUCCUGGGAUCGGACAGCGAUGAGCUGCAGCAGGCCACGGCGGGUGCUCUCCGGAACGCCGUCUUUGAGAGCAGCGAGAACAAGAUGGAGGUGAAGGACUGCCAGGGUUUCGGCGUGAUCCUACGGCUGCUCCAGAAGAACCAGGACACGGAGACCCGCCGACAGCUCACCGGGCUGCUGUGGAACCUGUCCUCCCACGACAUGCUGAAGGAGCAGCUGUGCACGGAGGUGGUGAAGCCCCUCACUGACACAGUGCUCGUGCCCUGCUCCGGCGUCUGUGAAGGGGAGGACCCAAAACUGGAGAUGCUAGCUGACCCAGACGUCUUCCUCAAUGCCACGGGCUGCCUGAGAAACGUGAGCUCGGCUGGGCCGAAUGGUCGUAAAGCUUUGAGGGACUGUGACCACCUCAUCGACUCCCUUGUUUAUUACAUCCGUGGGACCAUCGCAGAUUAUAAGCCCGACGACAAGGCCUUAGAAAACUGCGUGUGCAUCCUGCAUAACCUCACGUAUCAGUAUGAGUCAGAGAUCCCAGAGAUGCUGAUGCCUGCCCUGCGCGAGCCCAGACAGAGCCUCGCCAUCGAGCCCCAGACACACGGUUGUUUCAGCGUCAAGAGCCCCAAAAUCACAGAGGCCCAAAGCCACUCCGAGUCAGACUGCCCUCUGCUGGAGAACAACGGUAAUCCUCGUGGCGUGGAAUGGCUGUGGAGCGCCAUCACCAUUCGCAUGUACCUGUCUCUGGUUGCUGUUAGCAACCGCCGGCUCACGCAGGAGGCAGCCAUUGGCGCCAUGCAGAACCUGACUGCAGGCAACAAAGGGGUAUCCCAGGCUAUGGCCCACAUCAUCGUGACCAGGGAGGGAGGCUUGCAGCAGGUGAAGAAGGUGCUCCAUGAGGGCGAGGAGGGAGUGAGGAGGGCUUCUGUGUAUCUGGUCAAAAACCUGUCUCGCAACAAAGACCUCCACCCAGACAUCAUUAAACAGGUGUUGCCAGAGCUCGUUCCCAUACUUCCUGCCUCGGACUUGAAGUCAGAGCCAGCCGCGGAGGUCACGUCCGUCUGUCACAUUCUCAACAACCUGAGCCAGGCAUCCGUGCAGAGCGCGCGUGCCAUUCUCAACCACGGUGUGCUGCCCAGGGUCAUCGGUCUAAGCGCCGGACACCACAGGUAUGGACCCACCAGCUGUUGCCAGGCAGCAAGUGUUCUCCUGCACACACUAUGGAGGCACUCCGAGCUCCAUAGUAGCUACAGGAAGGCUGGGUAUAGGAAGACAGACUUCAUAAACACCAGGACCAUGAAGGCAGUGAGUUCAACUCGUGACUGACCCCUGGUGGAGAAUAGCAGGACUCCAAAGAAAAGACUGCUAACAAAUUCACUGAAGGGAUUCUAAGAGGAAAACACCCUCUGAAAGUGGCUUACGUCUGUGAAUGUGUUUGUGUCUGUAUAAAUGCAGUUUGUUUUUAAUAAUUUACAGUUGUAAUGUCCUGUGUGUAAUAAUUCUCAGUUUUCAGUCUUCUGUAGUAAUGUACAGGAACAAAAAACAUAGCAAAUAGAUGUGGUCAUUCAACCUGUUAUUA